UCCGUGGCGUGGAUUUGAAGCCACCCAGCCAGUGGGAGGAGAGCAUUGAUCGCUUUAAUAAUCAUCAUAACAGUAAUCGGAAUAAUACAAAAAAAGGGGGCUGAGCUUCCCAGUUACAGAAAGCAAAGCAGGUGCUGUCCGGGCUGCCUCUCAGUUUCAGCAACUGCUGGAAAGGCGGCGGCGGCGGGCUCCGGGCUCCGAGGCGCCCCCAAAGCGCUCCAGCGGGGCAUGUAGAGGAAGAGUCCCGCCUCGGCUUCUCCUCUAGCCUUCAUCCUCCUCUUCUGCUUCCUCCCCUCGGCUUCCCUCGAGGAACCACGGCCAUGGAGCAGGAAAAGAAGCUGCACCAGCAGCACCCGCACCGGCUCGCGCUCCUCCUGGGCUUCUUGCUGCUGGCCGCGAGGUCUGCAUGGGCCAAGGAGAAAUGCGAUACCGGGAAGUAUACCGCGAGCGGAGAAUGCUGCAGAACUUGUAAUAUCGGGGAAGGGGUUGCCCAGCCGUGUGGGUUAAACCAAACUGUCUGUGAACCAUGUUUGGACAGUAUUAGCUAUUCUGACACAGUGAGUGCCACAGAGGCAUGCAAGCCCUGUAAGGAAUGCAUUGACCUGGAGAGCAUGUUGGUGCCUUGCGUGGAGUCGGACAACACGGUCUGCAAAUGUAUCUACGGCUACUAUCGGGACAAAAAGACCAAUCAAUGCCAAGAGUGCCAAAUCUGCGAGGUGGGCUACGGCCUCAUGUACCCUUGCGGGGAGAAUCAGAACACCAUGUGUGAGAAAUGUCCCUUGGGGACUUACUCCGAUGAGGCUAACCAUGUGGACCCCUGUUUUCCUUGCACGGUGUGCGAAGAGGAUGAGAUCACAAUCAAGGAGUGCACGGCAACAUCUGAUGCUAGAUGUAGAGCUCUUCAUCCACGAUGGACAAUUCCACCAACAACAUCCUCUAUGGAUUCCGACACCAGUGAGGCAGUCACAGAUUUCAGACCUGAUCCAGAAAGCCCAUUUCCUGUCACAAGUGUUCCAGAUAUCCUGGAUGUUUCUGGGAGCACCAUGGCUGGCACAGCAACCACAAUCAUGGGCAGCUCACAGCCAGUAAUCCGAGGUGGCACAGCAGACAAUCUUAUCCCUGUGUACUGCUCAAUUUUGGCAGCUGUGAUUGUGGGACUGGUGGCAUACAUUGCUUUCAAAAGGUGGAACAGCUGCAAACAGAACAAGCAGGGUGCCAACAACCGUCCUGUCAACCAGACACCUUCACCGGAAGGGGAGAAGCUUCACAGCGACAGUGGCAUCUCAGUUGACAGCCAGAGCCUCCAUGAUCAACAGCCACAGACACAGACAGCAUCAAUGCAAGGCCUUAAAGGAGAUGGAAACCUUUAUACAAAUCUGCCUGCUAACAAGAGAGAGGAAGUUGAGAAGCUGCUGAAUGGUUCCACGGAGGAGACUUGGCGCCACUUGGCCGGAGAGCUGGGCUACAAGGAGGACCUCAUAGACUCCUUCACUCAGGAGGAAUAUCCUGUCCGGGCCCUGCUCUCAGAUUGGUCCAGCAAGGACAGUGCCACAAUGGACGCCCUUUAUUCUGCCUUACGUAAAAUCCAGAGGGGAGACAUUGUGGAAAACCUUUACAGCGAAUCCACCGCUAGCUCACCGGUGUGAAGUUGGGAGAAGGGCAGAGGUGCUCUGAGCAACUCCUCUGUUACUCCCCCACACCUUGCUUUUCUCUCAAUGGUGCCUCCUGGGAGAAAGCAUGUGAAGGAAAGUUUUAAAAACCAGAGCUUGUUCUAACUAAGCUACCAUUUUGGGAGACUCUGAAGCAGUCCUAUAUGCACUGACUUGGUUUUAUUUCUCUUCACCUCUGUAUUUUCACCCAGUAUUUCUUGCCAGUGGCAAAACAGUUAUAUACUGAAAAGAAGCAGAGGAAGAUAACCAAAACAGAUAUUUGUUUUGUUAUGGUAUAACUUUCUUGGACUGACCACAUUUUCUUAGUUCUGCUGAAAAUCAAGAGUGAAGAACCACGUCCAGUCAAUGCCAAUAUAGUUUGGCCUCUCUCUUUCAGGUGCCUCUGUUUGCAAAAUUCAUCUUUGUGCCUCUCCUUUCUCUUCUAUGUGAAUUCUGUUUCCAUACUUCCACCUCUUGUUCUUCCAUCACUGGCUCUUCCCUUCUGGGUGCCAUUGUCCCCUAAACAGAGGAACAAAUGGAGGCCUGUCUGAAUAUGUUGUAUGGCUGGUGAUGGACUUGAGGAAAGCAAAGAAAAUGAAAUAUUGGGCUUGGAGGAAGAGGAUAUAUGGCAUGAGGAGGACACUGUGGAGAGUUUGAAAGACAUUUGUGGGAGAUCUCUGGGUGGGAGGAAGAGGGGAGACAGAAGAUGGGAAGGACAUAAAUUUCUGGGUGUCAAAGUGACACUGGGAAGAUCAAACCUUGACGUUUAUGAGUGGAACUAAAAGCAAAAUCAUCCACAACUCCGUCUGUGCAUUGAAGUGGUGGCAUCUUAAUCCCUGCCUUCUUUCUUUUCUUGCUCUGAUACAUUCCUGUAGUUGAAGUAAGCCGUAGUGAUCCUCGCACUGUAGCUUUCUUUCUGGAUUUGAUCAAAGCUAGCAGAAUCAUAAACUGGACUGCACUGAUACAAAAGGGUUAUAAGCCAUACUGAGGAGUGGAACUGGUCUAAACCAACAAACCAACAGUGCAGAUGGCAUUUGUUAAUGGGUGUGAAUUAUUAAUAAUCACUGUGAUGCUAUAAAUCAAGCCAAAAACCAGCUGCAAUGUUAGUGUUGGUGUUGUGUUGGUGAGACUUUGGAAGCUUUACUCUGUAAUCUUUCUCAAGAGUUAUGAACCAAACACUGUGGGUCAUCAAGCCAUUACCUCUAUUGUAUUAAAAGGGUAGAGCGAAAUAACCCCUGGGUGGCCUUAAGGCUUAUGGUAAAGAUAUGAGAUCUCUUGCUUCUACACAGACUGUAUGAACAAAUUCUUUGAGCUGAAUUGGAAUUUAUUCUUGCAUCUUGUGAUGUACCACUUCUAGGGUUUGCUAGCAUUUUCCAUUUUCAUCGAUAUUAAAAUGAGCGGAGAGAAAAACAUAGGGGAAGGGUGUCCAUAAGCUAGGAGGAAUAAUUAGAAAUCCUCGGGCCAAGAAAAGUAAACUGGAAUUGAUCCAUCAUCUCACAUCCAUCCAACCCUGAUACGUAUUACAAGGAAGAUCUAUUUUUGCUUUGUUUUAUUCUGGUUCUGAACAGUUAUAUAAACCUGUUGAACUUAUUGUUUUGAAUUUUUCAUCAAGUUGGGCCACUAGUUGGUAUUAUUUUACUAUGUCUGUUGUUCUUCUGAAUUAGUUCUGAAAACUAAGUAAAGGGAAGAAUUUCCUGAUAUGCACAUGCAUUAAAUUGUAGAGGCUUGUGGAAAUUUAAAGGAAUGCCAGAACAUAAUGAAAAGCUUGAAAACAGCUACUUUUUCUGGAUCACCUUUCCCAGAGCAGGCACCCUCAAAGUGUGGCACUCCAGCUGUUUGGGCCUUCAACUCCCAGAAUUCCUGACAAUUGGACAAGCUCAUUGGGGCUUCUGGGAGUUGGAGGCCCAAACAGCUGGAGGGCCUCAGUUUGAAGAUGCCUGUCCCAGAGUCUUCCAAUUACCAUUGCUAAUGUUAGCUGAAGGAUUUUAGGAUUGUUAUCCAGUAAGGUAACUUUUCUGGACUCUAGACAGAAGAGGAUUUUAACUUCCCUUCCCAUCCAAAGAGAUCAGUUGUGUAUGAUGAAGGGUAUGGGUCAGCUGUCUAAGAAAUGUGAGUGCUCUGAUCUAGACUCAUUGACAAAGAUUUUAUGUGUUGCAUAUAAGUGUAACCACUCAAUGAGAACUCCCAACUCCACGGGGCAAAUGCUGCAGCUAUUCACUUGGGUCUACAGCAUCUUGCUGCAGUACACAAGAAAGAAAGUGUGGGGAUGUUUUUUAAAAAGUGCAGCAAAUAUUGUAGCAGUAGAUCCAUAGGGCUUGGCAGCUGUUGUUAUAGGGUAUACAAUGAUGAAUGGAACACUGCAGCACCAUGGUUAAACAGAAGAUGUGCAUGUAUGUCAGUAAGAAGAUUUCAUCCAUUUUGUUUCCUUUAAAAAAAAUCACUGGAAUGUUUUGCCUUAACAGUUAUGUUCAAUAUUUGCCUUGGAAGUUGAUUUUAUACAAAAUUGAAUGACAGUUCCAAAGGGAUUAUCACAACAUAGUGAAGGAAAGAAAGUACUGUUUUUGUUAACCUGGCUACUCAAGACCAUAUUUUGCGUAGAGCUGUAGAGCAGGUAUGCAGAACUCAUGGCCCUCCAAGUGUUUUGGCUUAGAGCUCCUGUUGGCCCUAUUCAGAAAAUUCAGCGGAAAGGUACUAUGAGAAUUAUAAUCCAAAACAUUUAGAAGGUUGAAAGCUUCCCACCAGAGAAGAAAGGAACUGAAUCUGAGAUCCUUUACAUGCUAUUUACUGAGCUAAGGAUCUUUAGUAUCAGAAGGUCUUUCGUGGUACAGUCAUUACUCUUGUAUCCCUACACUGCACACAAUUUAUUUUUCUUAUGAAGGAACAUAACGUGAUUAGGUAAUAUAAGUCAAACGAUGGAGCAGAAUGUUUUAGCUGUCUUUGAGCAUGAAGGAUGCUUAAGCAUGUCUUUCCUCUUUAGGUACAAUGCAGCAAACCAGCCUUUUCCUUUCCACCUCUACUAAAUCUAAAUAGAUA